AUGCCUGGCAUGCGGUCUACACCCUUUGCCUUUCUCAGGGAGUCUCUUCGGCCCGGGGCGUUCUCUCAAUCGGGCUCAUUCCGCGCAUCCAGCCGUUUACGCAGCUUUUCGUCUCAACCCAUUCAACGACCAUCUGGCCAGCAACUACGGACUGGAAAUAAUGCGUUUGUUUGUCUAAUAUGCCGGUUGAGAGCGCACUCGAGGCUCUACUCUAGUCACCAUGACAAAGGAAACCUGGGGGAAAAUAUGAAGAAGGAGAUGCCUAAAGACGGAGGAGGGGAGGAAGUUGUAGCAGGUGGUUCUAGUCCGGCAAAGCAGUCUGCUUUCAGCGCGAGUGAACUUCCAUCCCAGGAGGAACGCCUACGGUCCAAUCUUUCGAAGAAAUUUGGAGAUUUGAUGGAUAAUCUGCAAUCUAACAUUUUUGUUGCCGGACAGCAUCUAAAUGACCUCACCGGGUACACGGCGAUUGAGAAGUUGAAGCAGGAUAUUCGGGCCCAGGAGGAACGCGUGCGCCAGACUCGUGUCAAAGUUCGUGAAGCAAAAGAAGCUUACUCUUCCGCCAUAAACUGCCGCUCAACCUCCCAGCGUGAGGUCAAUGAGCUUCUGCAACGAAAACAUGCCUGGACCCCGACAGAUCUUGAACGCUUCACAUCGCUCUACCGAUCCGAUCAUGUUAACGAGCGAGCGGAAAUGGAAACUCAAGAAGCUCUUUCAAACGCCGAACGCGAAGCAGAAGAAGCUACCGCCGCGCUGAGCAAGAAUAUACUGACUCGGUACCAUGAGGAGCAGGUGUGGUCCGAUAAGAUUCGGCGUAUGAGUACCUGGGGGACAUGGGGCCUUAUGGGUGUCAACGUGCUGCUGUUCCUCAUCUUCCAGAUUGCGGUUGAGCCCUGGAGGAGACGAAGACUGGAACAUAUAGUGGCGGUCGAUGAAGAAAAAGCUGCCUCUCAACCUGAGGAAACUGCGUCUGAGCCUGAGAAAGAUUCUGACAUUACAACUGCAGCUCCGUCUGGCAUGUCUGCAGAGGCAGAUAAAGUUGGAUUGGCUCCAGAAACCCCUGUGGAUGAAAAUUCCACCCAUAAUGAGCCUGUGGAGGAGGCUUAG